AUGGCGAGCGAUAAUCCACAUAACUUUCCCCCCUCUCUCACGCCGAAUCAAUGGACCACUCUCUACGCCGUUACCUCCGCCAUAAUUCGGCCGUUCACGGAGGACGAAAUAGCGGCGUACAUGCAAACCACAGCCACGGAUAUCUCAAAGGAGCACGUUAGAUCGUUUCUCCUCGAAGAGGCAAACUAUACAAAUCCCCGCUUCAGAUUCGCCCUAGAGCACACCUUAGAACAGAAACUACCAAAAAGCUCGGUUCAGGCAAUAUGCUUUGUGUUGAACCUACUCGAGUACGCUCCCCGUAACCCUACUCUCUUGCAACUUGAUGCUGACAAUUCCACUACAGUUCCGUGCCCGGCUGCCUCCUCCUCACCUUCUCCCUGACCCCCUUCCACCGUCAGCCGGCGCGUGUUCGGGAGGACCUAAUAAUCUCUUGGCUCGACCAGUCGUCCCGGCUCCUCUUCCCACCAAUUCGUGGCUUCGCAAAGGCCAUCACGGCGCUAACAAGGCUAGUCUGGACCCGUAGUGCUGAUGCAGACAUGUACUACGGGGCUGUUGGGUAUCCGGAGAAGACAGGAGCCGGAGUGAAAGCUCUGGAUGGGGAACCCGGGGAGUUCUACAAGUUUGACUUUCUGGACUUUUCCACCAGUGAGAAGGGCGCGCUCGAGUGCGACGUUGUAAUCGUCGGGUCGGGAUGUGGGGGAGCUGUUGCGGCGGCUCGAUUGGCGAGCGAGGGUCUUGACGUUGUGGUUGUUGACCGCGGCGAGUGGUGGGUCUCAUUUUGCUUGUGCUUAUUUCUGCACCGCUCGCAUCCUUGUGGGCUUCCAAGUUGACGCGGGCCGGGUGGGGUUUAGGGUUCCAUCCGAUCAGUUACCGUUACGGGAGACAGAGGCUUUUGCUAAAUUGUAUAACGGUAAUUUAGCCUCUACGACUGCGGAUGGAGUUAUUGCGCUGAUGGCGGCGGAGACAUUCGGCGGCGGUGGAGUAGUUAAUUGGGCUGCGAGUCUUCAGGUAGGCAUUCUCCUUCUAGGGUUAGGGUCAGAUCAUGGGAUCUAACUCGAAGAAGACGCAAGGGUUUGUCCGGGAAGAGUGGGCGGCGAAGCACAAUCUUCCGUUCUUCCUUUCCAACGAUUACCAAGAUUGCUUAGAUAAGUAAGAAUUUCACCAUCCUUGUAAUGUGGGGCUACGGCUGACGGGGUAGGGUAUCUGAGCGAAUGGGUGUCACGGCUGAAGGCAUUGCGCACAACCACCGGAAUCAGACCAUACUAGACGGAUGCAGGAAGUUGGGUUACUCUGCGGUCAUUGUCCCGCAAAAUACGGGCGCUACUUUGCCAGGCGAUAAAGAAGGUAUAGUGCGGGAACAUGCGGAUGGAUAUUGCUGCAAUGGGUGUGGAAGCGGCAAGAAAGGAGAUGGCCGGAAAAUGGGAACGUAUGUUUAUAACCUAGAUGAAUCACGGUAUCUCACUUGAUUAACUAUAUUUUUAUAGAACCCAUACUUGGCUUCCGGAUGCCGCCCAAGCUGGCGCUCGCUUCAUCCAGAGCUACCACGCAGAUAAAGUCCUUUUCUCCACCGAUGCCAAAACCAAAGCCAUAGGAGUAACGGGCACCUGGGGCCCGCAGAAGGUCCCACUGAAUAUCGUGGCCAAAAAGGUCAUUGUGAGCGCUGGUUCGCUGCAUUCUCCGUGUCUACUCUUGCGCAGCGGAUUAACCGUACUUACCCCCUUCCCAUACUACAUGCAACUGCUAAACAAUAUCAGAACCCGAACAUUGGCAAAUACCUCCACCUCCACCCCAGCGUAACAAUCAGUGCCUUCUUCCCAGAGCCCACGGAUCCCUGGGUAGGCUCCCCGCUCACUGCCGCCUGCACGCGAUUCGAAAACCUAGACGGGAACCAUCAUGGCGGUAAGCUCGAAACCGCCGUGAUGGGCCCACUAGUAAUCGCGGGCGUGCUUCCCUGGCUCUCCUCGGCAAGCCUGAAGCGCACCUUGCUAAACUACCGCCACUCGGGCCUCUUCUUCACAAUCCAGCGCGAGUGCGAGCCCGGCAUGGUCACGCUGAACACCCGCGGCGAGCCGGUCGUCAAGUACACCAUCAGUGAAGCCGACCGAGCAAUGAUCCAGACUUCCCUGCUAGGACUAGCGAAGAUACUUUACGUCCAAGGAGCGGAGGAGAUAUUGCCCGCAGUCUACGGCUUAAAACCCUUCAAGCGUAACCCCACCGCUGCCGAGCGCGAGGAGGAAAUCCGCGAGGAGAUUGCCGAGGCAGAGUCCUCCGGGCGCUACUUCUGGGGCGGGAGGGGGCGCGGCGAGGAUAAAGACGACGACGAGGAGGAGGACGAGGAAGGUACAUGUGGAUAUGCAACGCAUCAGCUCAACGACCCCGGCAUCAUGGAUGUGAGGUUCCAGCGGUGGCUGAAGAAGUUUGCGGCCCACGGAAUGGGCGGAGAAAAGACGAUUUACGCGUCAGCACAUCAGAUGGGGAGCUGCCGUAUGGGUAAUGAUGGAGGCGUUGGGUCCGUUGUGGACCCCAGGGGGAGGGUUUGGGGAGUUGAGGGACUGUUGAUCGCGGAUGCGAGCGUCCUGCCGAGUGCUUGUGGGGUUAAUCCUAUGAUCACUGUCAUGGCUAUUUCAGAGUGGAUUGUUGGCGGGGUGGUGGCGGAGUUGAAACCGCAGAGGGGUGGUGGUGCCAAAGUUUAG